GCAGAGAAGACACAGAAGAGAAGAUGGUUCAGGUACUCCGGCCUUUGAGUUUGAAGCACUGGCCGUUUGUUAGAUUACAGCAGCACUACUACCGUUGCUCCUGCCAAACCCUUAGACAUCUUAUUCUCCCUCCCUUAUCCCCUCUUAGAACCAGUCUUCUGCAGCAGCAGCAGCAGAAAAAGAAGCUCUUCUUCGCCACACUUCUUUCCACCCGUCGGGAAUUUGGUUUGCAAUCACACGGCUUGCGAUUGCCGGAAGCUGGAGAAACAGAUGAUCUCCAAGAAGGCGGCAGUGAUUCGGAUUACCUGACUCAGAAGAGCCGCAACGAGAAGAAGCGAGAGGCUCGCCGUGCCGUUCGAUGGGGGAUGGAACUCGCCAACUUUUCUACUCCUCAAAUCAAACAAAUUUUAAGAGUGGCCUCGCUCGACCGAGAGGUUUUCGAUGCUCUCAUGUUAGUCAAGAGAUUCGGGCCCGAUGUCCGGGAAGGAAAACGAAGACAGUUCAACUAUAUAGGGAGACUAUUACGGAAGGUGCAACCUGAAUUGAUGGAUGCUUUAAUCCAAGCCUCGAAAGAUGGUGACCAGAGUAAGCUGCAGGCUUUAUCUGAUACAGGGUCAAGGAUUGUUGAAGAGGAGGAUGAGGAAGAGUGGGCAGAAACUGAAAUUGAGGAGGAAGUGGAGGGGUGCACCAGUUACAUUGAUGUUGCAACCAGAUGGUUUGAAGGCCUCGUUGAGAAGGACUCUGACAUCACAAAUGAAGUUUAUUCAGUUCACAGUGUUGAAUUUGACCGUCAGGAGCUCCGCAAACUUGUAAGGCAAGUACACUCUAUGCAAGAGCGCCAAGUAAGUGAAGAAAAAAGGGGAGAAGUUGACAUGGCAUUGGCUAGGGCAAAGAAAUCUCUUACUCGUUUCCUUCGGGCUCUUGCAAAGAAGUUGUCAACAGAGUAAUUUUGGUUUCGUUCAGUCUAUAAAUUUUCAUUUUGCAGUGCAAUUUUAGUAGGCGGAGAGGGGAGUCCUCGAACAGUUUGUGAGAUUGCAGCAAGUCAUUCAAAGUAAGUACACUGUAAGUUGCAAUGGAUGGCGUCUUGAGGAAGAACUAGUUUGUCUUCAUUGAGAACUGCAACACCACACCAGUGGUUAU